AUGACUAAGGACAGUGACCAUCCACCACUGCCACCUCCACCUCCUCCAUCGACGGAGUUUCACCCGGCUCUCUCUGUCAAUAACAUCAAGGACGCAAUUCCUUUGAUUCUUGAUCGGGAAAAGGUACAAUAUUCUAAUUGGGAGGAAUUGUUUGAAGUUCUUGAUCAUGUCGAUCCGAACGCCCCAAGACCGUCUGAUAUUUCUGAAUCCCUAUGGCUGAGUCUUGACUCCACUGUUAAACAAUGGAUAUAUGGCACUAUUUCAGUUGAUCUCUUGGAAACCGUCUUAUGUCGUGGAGACUCUGCUCAAAAAAUUUGGAAUAAGUUGAAAGACCUAUUCCAAGAUAACAAGAACACGAGAGCUGUUUACCUUGAAAACCAAUUCAAUUCCCUUCACUUGUCUAAUUUUUUGGACGUUUCUUCCUACUGUCAACAGCUAAAGAACUUGAAGGAUUAA